AUGACAGUGUCUUCCCGAGAACGACGAUGUGCACGUCUGUUAACGGCAGCUGAUGCUUCGACAUAUUUUGAAAAGUACAAAAGAAUCAGAUCAACCGAUAUGAAGGUCCAGCAAUGCCAAUCAAUAGCAUUUAAUUGUGAUGGAACAAAACUUGUAUGUGGUGCAUUCGACAAAAAAGUGAGCGUUGCAAAUGUGGAUGGAGGUCGUCUCAGAUUUUCUUGGGUGGGCUCUAGUCAUUCAUCGUCUGUGGAACAGGUAGCAUGUAGUGAAAAGCAGCCAAACUUAUUUGCAUCAGCCAGUGCAGAUAGAAACAUUUGUGUAUGGGACAUUCGACAAAGCAAACCGACUCAUCGAAUUUCAAAUCGAGUUGGAAAUUUCUUCAUCUCCUGGUCUCCGUGUGACGAAUAUUUCAUAUUUCUCGACAAAGAUAAUCGGAUAAAUACAGUAGACAUUCGGAAUUAUCAAGUUGUAAAUUCCUAUGAAAUGAAAACUUUCUCCCACGAGCUAACAUUUCACCCUUUGUCGAACCACGUAUUCGUAGCAGAGUCUGGAGGAAAAGUUGAAAUUCUAAAGUUCGCCGGUGGAGCCCUUGAACCUGUGACUUCGAUUCAAGCCCAUUCGCAUCAAGUUGAGUGUCUGGCAGUGUCGAUCUCGAAAGACGGGCGAAAAUUGGCAGUUGGAGCAUCGGAUGCUUCUUGCUCACUUUGGGAUCUUGAAGAACUCAUUUGUGAAAGAGUUAUUCCUAGACACGACUACGGAAUAAGAGCUGUAUCAUUUUCUUGUAAUGGUCAACUUCUUGCAUCUGGAUCCGAAGAUCACUCAAUCGAUAUUGCCUAUGUACCAGACGGAUCACGUUGCCACGAAAUUAAACACACUGGCGAGACCUAUUCAGUUGCCUGGCAUCCGAACUCUCUUCUCCUUGCAUACACUGCUUCCGAUAGUAUGGACAAUAGGGAAGCAGCACAUGUUAAAACGUUUGGACACAGUACCGUGUAAAAUUUUUCCAUAAUUAUUUUCUCUUGCUCUUGUUCUCGAAAAUUGAUCUGAUACUAUAAAUUAAAAAAAUCGUUU